AUAAAAAUGGGAAAAGAAAUAGGAGAGAGAGGGCAUCAUCUCCAGGAAUGUUGAGGAGUUUCUUGUUUUCAGGGUAUGCAGCCCUUCUUCUACUUCUAUUAGUCCCCAUAACAUGCCGAGCGAAGCUGAAUGAUAAGGCUUGUCAUUCUUCUUGUGGGAAUAUUCAUGAUAUGAGGGGCCCUUUUCGAUUGAAAGAUGAUCCACUGAGCUGCGGAGACAGCAAGUAUGAACUGGCUUGUGAGAAUAAUCGCACAAUCUUACACUUAAAUUCCAGAAAAUACUAUGUGGAAGAAAUCAAUUAUAAGCUCCAGACAAUACGGGUUGUUGAUACUGCCCUACGGAAAGAUGAUUGCUCUUCUCUCCUACUUCAUUCUUUGAAUGAUGAAAACUUUGGCGAUGAAUAUCUAUAUAUUCUGCGUGAUAAGUACACGGCUAUAAAUUUCAUUGAUUGUGCAGCACCAAUAAGUUCUCCUUUCUACGUGGACAUGCCAUUUUGCAGCAAAAACAGUUCUUCCAACUUUUCUUUGUCCUCAAUACAAACAUAUUCAUAUGUUGUAGUUGGAGACAUGAAGGUGUCGGAUUUGAGGGACUCAUGCAGCAUAGUCAGGGUGGUUCGCAUCUCAUCUCGUGGCCCGAAGAUCGACAAGAGUUCUCUGUCAAGCAUCCAGGAUGGGCUGCUGUAUGGGACUGAUCUUAAAUGGGGUUGGUGGCGCUGGCUACCGCUCUGUGCUAAACUGGAUUUUAAGACGUAUUUACGUUGGUUUGCGCCAGGCUUUCUGGAAGAUGGAAGCCUACUCAUUGGCCUUAUUGUUGCAUUGAGGACUUUGUUUGGGACUCCAUGUGUGUUAAUAUUUUUGGUCUACAAAUGGAGGAGGAGAAACUUAUCCAUGUACCAAGCCAUUGAGGAGUUCAUUCAGACUCACAAUAAGCUAAUGCCAAUUAGGUACUCUUACUCAAACAUGAAGAAGAUGACCAAAGGUUUCAGGGAAAAAUUGGGCGAGGGUGGCUAUGGUUCGGUAUACAAAGGAAAGUUACGAAGUGGCCAUUUGGUGGCUGUAAAAUUGAUGACCAAUUCCAAAUCUAAUGGGCAAGAUUUCAUCAAUGAAGUCGCUACAAUUGGAAAGAUUCAUCAUGUUAAUGUGGUACAACUACUUGGAUUUUGUGUAGAGGGAUCAAAGCGGGCUCUUGUGUAUGACUUCAUGCCUAAUGGGUCACUUGACAAGUACAUAUUUCCUGAAAAAGAAGGAAAUAUCUCCUUGAGCUUUGAGAAAAUGUAUCAGAUUUCGCUAGGAGUGGCUCAUGGGAUUGAAUACUUACAUCGAGGCUGUGACAUGCAAAUACUACAUUUUGAUAUUAAACCUCACAACAUUCUGCUUGAUAAGAAUUUCACUCCAAAGGUUUCAGACUUUGGCUUAGCAAAAUCGUAUCCAGUCGAUCAUAGCAUUGUGUCUCUAACUGCAGCAAGAGGGACAAUGGGCUACAUGGCGCCAGAGCUGUUCUACAAAAACAUUGGAGGAGUCUCAUACAAAGCUGAUGUCUAUAGUUUUGGAAUGCUAUUGAUGGAAAUGACAGGCAGAAGGAAGAACUUAAAUGUGUUUGCGGAGCAUUCUAGCCAAAUUUACUUCCCUUCGUGGGCUUAUGACCAGUUCAAUGAAGGAAAGAACAUAGAAAUGGGAGAUGCCACAGAAGAAGAACGGACACUUGCAAAAAAGAUGGUUAUAGUAGCCUUAUGGUGCAUACAGUUGAAGCCCAGCGAUCGUCCUUCAAUGCAAAAAGUUAUAGAGAUGCUUGAAGGAAAUGUUGACCUACUGCAGAUGCCUCCAAAGCCUUCUCUAACUCCUCAAGAGGUGCCAACUGAGGAUCACAAAAACAACACAAACACAACAGAAAUAUCAAUUACUAUCAGUUAGUGUGCUCUGUAUUGGGGAAAGAGGCAUUGCGGGCUACUCAAGAAAUUAGUAUGCCGAUGGAAGGCUUAAAGGGGGAAGAAAAGGAAGAGGUGGGAGCAAGUGUCAUAGUGUUUGGAGAGGGAGAGAGUUGAAGGGAAAGUUAGGUUUCAAAAGAAAGGGUGUCAGAGAGAAGACAGACAUAAAGUUCCUGUUUCGGGCAUAAAUGAGAAACAAAUAUGGGAUUUUGUAUUUGGGCAAGUCAUGGCCCUUACUAGAGAUUGGGCACUUUAAAUGUGGCGCCUUUUUUUUUAAUUCAAUAGGCAUCGAUAUUAAUUAAGGGUUAAUGCAAAAAGUGUCAAUAAUUUUGUUUCUUUUAGUUGUGCAUAAAAAGCAUUGUGACCAACAAGUCAAAAACCUUGAUCUACAGGUUUGACUAAUGUUUGAUGCAUGUCCAACACUUGGGUUGGCUGAUAUGCUAUUUUAUCUUCUAAACUGUCAAUAAAAUGCUCAUUUCCUUUGCAGAUUA